CAUAACAGAAACAAAACCAUUUCCUAAAGAUAAACCAACAAAAAGAAACAAAACUUGUUGCAGCAGUUGAACUAGAAUUACCCAACACAAUGGAUCCAACCUCUCUCUCUCUCUAGUUUCCCCCCAGAAUUAAUGAUAUCAUUCUCUCUCUCUUUUUUAAUUCAGGGCAAUAAUAAUAAUAAUAAUAAUUAAAAAAAAAAUGGCUCCCAAGAGUGCCUCCUCGGAAGAAUUCAGCUUCCCAGUGCUCGCUUCUGACGAUACCCAUCCUUCAUGUAUCGAUUCUCCUCAACUUUGGAAACGGUCACCCCCUGAUGCUUUCCUCCCCGACGAUUACGACCGUCUCUUAACGCGAAUUCCCAGCAACGACGAUGUUCAGAGCCGAUGGAGCGAAGGUGACGAGGAGAAGAUGGACAUGUUGUGGCAAGAUCUCAACGACGACCUUACCAGAAGCCGCAGCCUCAGGAUCGAAUCCGACAAGAAGUCUUCGUGUUCCGCCGCCGCCGUGACCGUGGGAUGCGGGAUCGGUCGGUCGAUGAAGGUGUCAAAGAAGACGACGACGGAGAGGAAGAAACCCAACGUGUUGGUGUUCAUGAGGGUUCUGAAGAAGCUCCUCCUCCUCCGGAGUUCCGCACACAGAUCUCCCGCCAAGACUCACCCUCGAUGAUUCCGGUUAUCUUUUUAGGCAUAAGCCGGUGGGGGGUUUCCUGUACCUUUAUGAAAUUACGGGGCUUUUUUUAAUGAUUUAUUUCUGGGUGGUUGUGCACAUACAGUUAAAUUGAUUGGUUGAUUGAUCAACAAAUUUUUCGGUUAAGCUCUCUCCAAUCUUUUGCUUAAUUCGUAUCGUUUUCUGCAUCUCUCUGGCUGUUGAUUAGAUCCAAAUCGAUUUAAGGGGGUAGAAAUGUAAGAAUAUAUGAAUAUGGGGGAGGAGGUGACAGUAAGACAAAAGCUAAAGAUUGAUCUUUCCUUGGAGGAAAUUUAUCUGAAAAAGAAGGCAAUCUAUCAUAUAUUUUUUAAUUCCCAUUUCUUUAUUCGAACACUUGAAACUACUUUGGCCGUUCACAUCUGAUAAUUUGAGAUGAAACAAAUUAGAAAUAAGGUUAUAUUUGAACGUGGAAUAGGAAUAAAAAUUCAAAGUUGAAGGAUUUUCAGCCUUUUAAGUCACCGGUAUAUAUGGAAGACUAAGAAGAGAGAUUAGGUGAAAUAGCAUAUGAAAAAGGAAGCUUUGUAUUUAUGACUCGAGGUGGAGAGACACCGUUUUCCGACCUAAUCUCUUGGAAAGUCGCAACGGUUAAAAACAAAAGAUCCGACAUAU